GAACCUUAUAUACGGUGAAUUCAUAGACAUAAUAGACAAGAGUAUGGAGUGAGCAGACAUCUAUUCCCGGGGAGGAAAAGUUAUGCUUGGGGUUAUUAGUAACAAACUUACGAAAAUACAAACUUCUCGGGUUUGAGAUAUGUGGAUAUAACUCACUGGGAAAUUUUGUACAGGAGAAAAGUUUGCAAAACACAAUGGAAUCCUGUAAAAAUCUAGAGAAAUCUUCAGGAUCUUCAAUGAUGUUCUUCUUGAUGAUAUUGACGUAUGGCGUCAUGACUGUGAACGGCUGGGGAGCGACAUGUUCUCAGGGACCACCGGGACCACCUGGGCCUCCAGGACCAUCAGGACCUGCAGGUAGUCCAGGCGAUGGGGAACUCCUUGAAUAUAACAAUUGGAAACAGUGUGCCUGGUACUCUGGCAACGGAAAUGAUUAUGACACUAUUUACACCUGUACUUUUACAAAGAGACACAGUGACUCUGCUCUCUGGGUCUACUAUGGGGGCAACCUUCGUCUUUAUGGAUGUAGUGGCUGCUGUAAAAGAUGGUAUUUUACUUUCAAUGAUAAUGAAUGUUCACCUACACCUAUUGAUGGUAUAGUCUACCAAGCCAAUACAUACUACAUGAACCUGCACAGGCACAGAAGUAUUUCAGGAUACUGUCACACGGUUGGAGCUGGAUCGGUAAAUGUUAAAUUUUUGGUAGGAGACUGCCCGGGAUUUGGGAACUACGAUGCAUCCACAGGAUGGAACAGUGCAUCACGAAUCAUCAUCAAGGAGGUCCCUAAAUCAUCAUAUGGAUACUAGCUUGAUCGAAACAUUCGAAACAAUUGAGCAUAAACAGCCUAAUCAAGAUGACGUACCUAAAUUCAAGGAACAUCAGUCUCAGGCAUGAUUUCUGGCAGAUAUUUUGACGCAUCUCUUACACUCUAGCUUGAGGAGGUCCCAAAAUUGAUUGUUUUUUUUUUUGCUUGGACCGGAGAAAUCUAUGAAAUAAAAACUGAAUUAAAAAAAAAUUAAAAGGGGUCCUAGUGAUGAUUGAUAAAAUUACCGAAAUUUGCAGUAGACAUGGUAACAAAUGGAGUUAUUCCGUUCUUUUUAUGUAACAACAUGCAA